AUUCCGCCGCAUGUUGAGGCAGAAUCCCCAGACACAGCCCGGAGAACCUCUCCAACUACUACAUAUGAUCUUACGUCGCUCACCGAGAGGUAUUACUUGAAACCCUAGGACAUAUCUCAGCUUCGACCACUAGCCGGGGCUUGGGAACGAAAACACUAACCAUUCUUAACCCACUGCAACCGCUCUUACCUUCGAUACACAUAACCAGGAAGAGCGUGAAAAGUUACUCAACAUGGCUAGCAAUAGCCUAGCGCCGCCUACACUGGCGGUAGACACUCGUGGUCGUUCGAGGAGCAAUACCGCUGAAACCACGACAGAUGCAAGUGGUCGCUCAAGAAGCGACACGAUCGAGACUCGCGCCGUGACACCGGCUGGGUCCUUCGUCUCGAAUGUAUCAAAUCCCUUCCUGACGCCUUCCACCUCAAUCAACCCCUUUCUGACGCCGGCGCAAUCGGACUGUGGUUCCAGCGUCAUAACAGUAGACCCCGAGUCAGCAUUACGUCCUGAUCCAGGGACAGAAGCUGAUUUCGAGGUGAAAGAUAACCCGUUUGCGUUCAGCCCUGGACAACUGAACAAGCUAUUUAACCCCAAAUCUCCGCUUGCGCUUAGAGCAUUGGGGGGACUGUCUGGCAUUCAGCAGGGGUUGCAGACUGACGUUAAAGCUGGCUUAAGUAUUGAUGAAACAACUGUUCGAUCACGGGUUACGUUCGACCAAGUCGCUAGGAGGACAUCCGAUAAGAUUCAAGAAUCGUCAGAACGAGUUUCAAAUCCGGAUUCCCAUCCCUUUGCCGACAGGGUGAGAGUGUAUGGGAACAAUGUUUUGCCAGCAAAGAAAGCUACCCCCUUGUGGAAAUUAAUAUGGAUUGCCUUUAAAGACAAAGUCAUCAUUCUCUUGGCAGUAGCCGCAACGGUCUCUUUGGCACUCGGUCUCUACGAGACAUUCGGAGUCGAACACGAGCCCGGAUCCCCUCCAGCUGUUGACUGGAUUGAAGGUGUUGCCAUCAUAAUAGCUAUUCUCAUUGUAACCCUGGUGGGAUCACUCAAUGAUUGGCAGAAGGAACGAGCUUUUGUCAGGUUAAACGCGAAAAAGGAGGAUAGGGAAAUCAAAGUGGUUCGAUCCGGAAAAUCGUUCAUGAUUAACGUACGCGAUAUCCUCGUUGGCGACGUCCUACACCUUGAGCCUGGCGACCUGGUGCCAGUCGAUGGCAUUUUGAUAGAUGGUCACGAUAUCAAAUGCGACGAAUCCUCGGCCACAGGAGAGUCGGAUGCGAUCAAGAAGACACCAAGCGGCCAAGUUAUGACGGCUUUGGAAUCAGGCAAUGCUAACACCAAAGGUCUCGAUCCUUUCAUUAUUUCCGGAGCGAAGGUCCUUGAAGGCGUAGGAACGUUUCUUUGCACAUCCGUUGGUGUUCAUUCGAGUUUCGGUAAGAUCAUGGUCUCUGUUCAAGCCGAUGUGGAAGCUACACCUUUGCAAAAGAAGCUGGAACGUCUCGCCGUUGCUAUUGCCCAGCUAGGAGCAAGCGCAGCCGUCCUCUUGUUCUUUGUCCUCCUCUUCCGUUUCCUCGCGAAUUUGCCCAACGAUAGCCGCUCCCCGCCUGAGAAGGCCUCUAGUUUCCUGGAUAUCCUCAUUGUUGCUGUCACUAUCGUGGUAGUGGCCGUGCCCGAAGGUCUACCCCUAGCUGUCACCCUUGCAUUAGCCUUUGCGACGCAACGGUUGCUCAAGGAGAACAAUUUGGUGCGUGUGCUGCGCGCUUGCGAGACCAUGGGUAAUGCCACGACUAUUUGCUCAGACAAGACCGGUACCCUAACUACCAACAGGAUGACUGUUGUGGCUGGAAGCUUCGGACAGUCAGGCUUUGUGAAGCCCGAGAACGAGAAUGCCAAAUCUAAGACAGUCUCUCAGUGGGCCGCUGACCUUCCCCAAGCGACGAAGGAUGCAUUAGUCCAAUCUGUAGCUAUCAACUCGACCGCGUUCGAAGGCGAAGACGCUGGUCAAUUUACGUUUAUCGGUUCCAAGACGGAAACUGCCCUUCUGGAAUGGGCGAAAAAUCACCUAGGGAUGCAGUCACUCCCCGAGCUCCGUGCUAACGAACCGGCGGUACACAUGAUGCCUUUUGAUUCGGGCAAGAAGUGUAUGGGUGCAGUUAUCAAGGUUGGCACACAGUACCGACUCUUAGUCAAGGGAGCCUCAGAGAUCCUUUUGGGCUACUGUAACAACAAAGCCGAUGCCAUGACACUGGCUGACACAUCGCUUACUGAUGACGACCGUAUGGAGCUGACGUCAACCAUCGACAAAUAUGCUAAAGACUCUCUUCGCACCAUCGGUCUCGUAUAUCGUGACUAUCCUGAGUGGCCUCCUUCGCACGCUGAGGUCGAGGACGGCCACGUCCAGUUUGCGUCCAUUCUAAAGGAUCUGACUUGGCUCGGAGUCGUAGGUAUUCAGGACCCUGUACGGCCCGGCGUUCCCGAAGCUGUCCGUUUGGCUCAGCAUGCUGGUGUAACGGUUCGCAUGGUCACUGGAGAUAACGCCGUGACAGCACAAGCUAUCGCCACUGAGUGUGGUAUUUACACUGAUGGACUCAUCAUGGAAGGCCCUGUUUUUAGGGCUCUGAGCGAUGAAGAAAUGAACGAAAAGGUAAAAAAGCUCCAGGUUCUGGCACGUUCGUCUCCAGAGGACAAACGCAUAUUGGUGGCGAAACUCAAGGCCCUAAAUGAGACCGUUGCCGUCACCGGCGACGGGACGAACGAUGCUCCGGCUUUGAAGACAGCUGACGUGGGCUUCUCGAUGGGUGUAUGUGGCACUGAGGUCGCCAAAGAAGCCUCUGAGAUUGUAUUGAUGGACGACAAUUUUACCUCUAUCCUUACAGCUCUGAAAUGGGGACGAGCCGUCAAUGACGCGGUUCAGAAGUUUCUCCAGUUCCAAGUCACUGUCAAUAUCACUGCCGUCCUCGUCGCAUUCAUCUCAGCCGUGGCAAACCCCGACAUGAAGUCGGUUCUUACAGCCGUACAACUUCUUUGGGUAAACCUUAUCAUGGACACCUUUGCUGCGCUUGCGCUGGCCACGGAUCCUCCCACAGACAAGAUCCUUAACCGUUUGCCUCAGCCUAAGAGCGCCCCGUUAAUCACCGUCAACAUGUGGAAGAUGAUCAUCGGUCAGACCAUAUACCAGCUCGUUGUGACUUUCACGCUUUACUUUGGAGGAAAUCAAAUCUUGGGUUAUGACCCAAAUAACAAGACACAGCAGAAGGAGCUUGCCACCAUGGUCUUUAAUACAUUCGUCUGGAUGCAAAUUUUCAACGAGUUCAAUAACCGACGUCUAGACAACAAGUUCAAUAUUUUCGAAGGCGUACAUCGGAACAAAUUCUUCAUUGGCAUCACCGUGCUCAUGGUAGGCCUUCAAGUGCUCAUCAUUUUUGUUGGUGGCGCAGCCUUCGAAAUCAAGCCCAUCGACGGCGUUCAAUGGGCUAUUUGUAUAGUAUCAGCGUUCAUCUGCCUGCCAUGGGCUGUACUGAUCCGCCUGUUUCCCGACGAGUGGUUUGCUGCCGUCGCAAAGACAGUCGGUGCGCCAGUGGUUGUUUUGUACCAGCUUGUGGCCAAAGCCCUGCGUAAGACGGGUUCCCUUUUCAGAAGAAAACGACAGGGCGAAGAGCCAUCACAGACAGAGGCGGAAGAGUCGGAAAAGUCGGAAAAGUCGAGUGGCAGCGCAUCUGUGCCCGCCAUUAUAGAGCAGGGGGCUCCUGCAAUCAUCUUACCUGAGGAUGGCACUGACGAGAUAAAUCGUAAUCCCACUAUACAAGUAGAAGAUAUAGAAAAGGGACGGGUAUAGAUAGAUAACGAGGCUUAUGAACAGACUAUAGAAUAAUCAUAUCAAACGUUAUUCCAAUGACUCCAGUCACGCGCGUCUUCCCAUCUACCUAUGUACUACCGUUGACAGUUAAGCCAAAAAUUCUCGGCGAAUAGCGUGAACUGUGAUUAUGCGCAAAUGUCGCAAGGAUUACCUAAUUGGACCCAGAACUCGGGUUUUCGGGUAAGCCACCUCGCGCGACAGCUCCUCGCCCGUAGGCCCCAUUCACGGCAAAUGUAAGGGUCUAGGACUCCACACCGGUACCUCCGAUAAUACUUCCAUUUGACAUGGAAUUUUGCGCUCUCUAAGCUAGUUCAUUACCUCAGGUUCGGGUAUUUGGCUGGUAAUCUGUAGUCGUGGGUUGAGGGUUAGCAACUCCGUCAUGUUACCUAGCGCCACAUAGCAGACAGCAUAUCACGAUCAUUUGGAUCUGUGUAUUAGUUAGUGUAAGAAGCUUAAUGACAUAAUGACUAGGUUAGCUAUGGAAAACAUUUUACUAAAUAUGCC